AAAAUAGGAAAAGAAUCAAAAUUACUACAAGAAUCAAAAGGACUAUUAACCCUGUAUACCCUCAAACUCUCAACUUAACCUAAACAACAAAAUAAAAUAAAAUAACUAUAUGCUCUUAUUUAACAAAUUAUGAGUUAUGCUGAAAUCCUGACUGAUGAUGAUACAGGCAACCAGGUAAACCAGUCUAGCAAGCUUGCUGUUCUCUCUGUUGACAUCUUUCUACUCUACCCAGGCUGAAGUAGCCAAUAGACACGCACAUCUCUGACGUACUUUGAUGGAGCACCAGCCUAAUAAAACCGCAUGUAUCUUCUGUCUCAAAACACAGACACAUUCACACGCUUGCAAACAUCAACAACCGAGGACUCUACAAACAUGUCUUUCCUUUCAGGAGUUUUGGGUAAUAAAGCAGCAGAGUCAUUUGUCGACCAGGCUGUGGACAAAGCAGCUUCUGCAGCUAAAAGAAAAGUGAAGGAAGCAUUUACUGGAAAGAAGCAGGAAACUGAUAAGACCGGUGGCAUGGGAGGUCUUUUCCCAAGUAGCGGGGAGAAGGACAAGAAACCAAAGGAAAAGUCAGGAGGACUAUUUGGUGGCCUCCUUAAAGCAGAGGGACCAGGGGAAAACAGCGGCGGAGGAGCCUUUGGUGCUGAAGGCAGCAAUGCAGCAGACAACAGUGGUGCAGACAGCAGUUUCAACAAUGCACUGGAUGACCUUGCUAAUGAGUUCUGUGAGAAAUGAUGUUCUGACAACUAGGACAAAUCUCAUUGGCCGAGUUCUUCAGCUGGAGACCCCUCUUACAUCAGCACCAAAUGUCAUGGACUAAAACAAUAUUAAAAGAUAUUCAUUUGUUACUUAUGUAAAUAGUUUUAAACAUAUGUCUCUUUAAUAUCUUAUGUGCAAACUACUAAAAAAUUAUUUUUAGUAUUAAUUAUUAUAUUUGCCUAUUACAAUCGUAUUAGGUAUUGUUUAAAUAAGUUUAUUUAGCAUGCUUUUGUUUUCAAAACUGUGUGAUUGAAUACACUGAGUGAAUAAAGCUAAAUAAAAAAAGUUA